AGAUGAUUGAAGCUUCCAAACCAACGUCAGCAACAUCACCAAUUGAACGUCAACGUCGCGCGCUGCACAUUGCCUGACUGUUCAAUUGCGUCGCCAUGGCUAAGCUACCUAAGCCCCCGAAGUCAUUCCCCGUAAAACCCGCGAUACCUACGAGGCGUGCUCUUCCACUUCACAAGCAAACACCGCGAGCGCAACCACAUGCUGAGCCCUCAUUACGAAGACCCGACCAGACGCCCAAGGAAGCAUGGCAAAAGGUCUGGUCUGCGAGACCCAAGAUCUCGGAUCUACAGAGACUGUCGGAUGCGGAAUUGAAGUCAGCACAACACCAGGCGAAGCUACGCAGAUGGAGGCAAUGGCCCAUGUUUGGUAUCGGGCUGGUCGCGUUCGGACUGGGCAUGUACGGGGUAAUGCUCUGGGCAUCGCUGUCAAGCGAUGUGGACUUCAAAGACUUACCAGAAGAUCUGUCGGAUCGAUUCGACAGGGAAGCGGAAGGCUACGACGAGAAGGUCGACAUGUCUGAGAUGCUGCUGUUCCUCACGUCGAAGCGCAAGAAGCUUGCAGAGAAGGCGAAGGGGCAUGUGUUGGAAGUGGCAGUAGGUACGGGCAGGAACAUCCCAUACUACAAGACGAAGCAAUGCGCGACGGUAACGUUACUCGAUUCAAGCGGGCCGAUGCUGGCAGUUGCGAAACGGAAGUGGAACGACACGCAUAAGGAGUACUUCAGCCGGGUCUUCUUCAAGCAGCAGUCCGCCGUGGACCCCAUCGUCCCUCCCUAUGGUGCGCAAGAUGGAUACGAUACGGUGAUACAGACCAUGGGCCUCUGCUCGACGCCGGAGCCCGUCAAGCUGCUGCAGAACAUCGAGAGAUCAACAAAGGAAGAUGGGCAGAUCUUGCUGCUCGAACACGGCAAGUCGCAUUACGAGUGGCUCAACGAUAUGCUAGAUAAGACAGCGCCCGCACACGCGGAUGAACAUGGAUGCUGGUGGAACAAGGACAUUGGGAAGAUUGUCGAAAAGAGCGGGCUGGAGGUGGUAGAUAUCAAGCGAUACAACUUCGGCACGACAUGGUGGCUGGAAUUGAAGCCGAGAAAGGGCACUCGGCAGAGCGUCACCGAGAUCGUCGCUGAUGUGCAGCCCUCUCCUUCUAUCGUGCGGUCCGAAUCCCCGGCUACAGAGAAGCCGUGGUGGUCGCUCUGGAGAUGAGACAUAGGUCUGUGUUACGUCUUCCGCAUCCCGCAACCGCUAGCUAGCGGAUAGGUGCAGCGUGCCGCGACCAGACAUGGCACUUUGUGCUAUCUCGGGGCAAAUGGGGUUCAGCAAUAGAGUUCCAGUCCACCUGGCUGUUUGCAUAAGAGUGAGCAGAAGACGACGUCAACCUUAGUCGUGGAGUGGCGUGGAUUGGCCGUGGAGGGGAAAAUGG